AGAUUCUUCCACCAUCUCCAUUAGCUGUUCCUUCGAUCGAGUCCUUGAUAGAGCUCUCGCCUCCGCUUCCACUGAUGAAUCCGUUCAGGAUCGUCUCGUCGAUCGCACUCUCGAACUCGCAUCGCUUCUUCUCGAUUCCACUAAACGAUGUUUCCGGAAGCGAGCUUCUGUUCACAAUUCCAAUUCAUGGUUCUUUCCUCCAGAACUUACCAUUAAGGUAUCUGAUCUCUCUAUUGAUGCAAUCAAUUGAGGAUUCUGAAAUUAUGCAUUGAGCUGCGGUGAGACCAAAGAGCAUAGAAAACAAAGUUGUUGUUGUUGCGGAAGUCGAGAAGAAUGUUUGGCCAGCGAUAGAAGCAGGGAAGGUGAAACCAGUGAUUCACAAGUAUUUACCAUUGUCCCAAGCAGCAGAAGCUCAUGGCCUUAUGGAGACUUGGAUGUACAAGACUUGGAGUGUUUUACUAGAGGUGGCUGAGGAGAAGAAGAAGAAGAUGGAGAUGGAGAUGGAGAUGGAUGAUAAGAAGAAGAAGAAGAAGAUGAAGAUGGAGCUGACGAAGGCAGAAGAUAAUAUGCAAACAAAGGAAAGUUGCGAGUUUCAGCAGAGUAUUAUAAAGAAGCUAUUGCUCUGGACCCUGAACACACGGCACAUAACGUUCAUCUCUAUCUUGGACUAUGCAAGGUCUCGAGGAGAAGCUAAACUGUUGCUUGAAGAUUGGGAAGGAGCUGUCGAGGAUUUGAAGCAAGCCGCUCAAAGCUCUCAGGACAUGGAAAUUCAUGUAGCACGUGGUAGAGCAGAGAAGGCACUGAAGAUGAGCAAACGAAAAGAUUGGUAUAAGAUUAUGGGUCAGUUUGAUGUUUUGGUUGUGUGCAGGAGGAGAGAAGAAACACAAGGACUUCUAAAGGAUGCUUUCGUCACUUUAGAUGGACAAUAAAGUUUUUUUUUUUUAACCCAUUUUGUGUAAAUUAGCGCUAAUAACCGAAACUUAUUUUGAUUGUUAGACACCACACCAUGUUUAGUUUGGCAAUCAACCAACACACUGUACCAGGAUUGUAAUAGAAAAACAAUCUUUGA